AUGAGAAGUCAACAGGUAAAGCUGCUUCAAAGGUUGUCAUCAUCCGCUGCAUGCCCAGCUGGAGUUCCGCAGGGCUCGGUCAUCUCUCCAAUACUAUUUAAUGUAUGCAUCGAUGAUUUAGAGGAUGAAAUCUCUGCAAACCUAGCCGUCGAUACCUCGAAGUAUGCCGAUGACUGCACAAUCGAUCAAGCAAUUGGAGCCGGGGAAAUAAGCCAUGUCCGACAGACUCUAGACUAUAUCCAAAAUUGGUCAGUGUCGAACGAAAUGACUAUCAACGUCAAAUAA